AUGGGCUGUAGCGGCUCCACGCAGGCAUCGCGGGAGGCGGGUAAGGAUGCGCCGCCGAAGAGGUACUUCGACUCGAUGAGCCGAUCCAGCAACCAGGUCGUCUUAGAUCACACGAAUAGCAGCAAGGUGAACAGAAAUAGCGUAUGUACAGUAGAUAGCAAGAAUCCCAACCGCAUCAGGUGCAGCAACGACACGGAGGAUCGGGUGCACGACAGAGCCAUCGGCGUCCUCCACUACCCAAACCCACUCUCGAAAGUCGGAGCCAGCAGCGAUGUCGAUGAAGGGGUGGUCGUGUCCCCGCUAACAGAGAAGAGUACGCGCACCCGCCUCACCUUCCCACGGCACAGUCUGGUUAGCACUGACAGCCACGCAGAGGCUGGUGGCCUCGAUGAAAAAGAGCUCACCUCUACCACGGCUAGCCCCUCCUCCUUGGUGGUUAUGCAGCGGCGAAUGAGCGAGGGUGGCCGUGGCCGCCACUUGAGCCCCAUAACGAUCGCUACCAUCCCUCCUGACUCCAAACAGACGCAGCUCCUGCUUACACAGGCGGUGGUGUCUCCGCAAGCCGCUGCCACGACCAUCGCACGCGUCUCUAUCUCCUCACCGAAGCGCCUUAGGUAUGCAAAGCCCAGCUCCUCCGGCCCCAGUGCAUCCACCUCCGGCACUGCCGCACCGCCGUCGCAGGAACGGCACCAAAUUCAGACCCCCGACAUCAGCGAUGGCGGCUUCGGCAUCGAGUCGGAUAAAGAAAAGAACACGCCAAGGGACUGCGGCAUCCAACUCUCGAUGACAAUGGUACCCGGACAUAGCGGUGUCAGUCACGGUACGAUGGUACCAUUAGGAAGCUUUUGCAUCGGCGUCCGUCUUGGGCAGCGCAGUGCGUCCCCGAAAGGGAUCUCUCUCUCCCACAAGCAUUCGCAGAGCACUGUGAGUCUCCUGAGUCUGGCCGACACCCCUAAUAACCCCCACGCCCUCUCCAGCGGCAGCGACUUUGGGCGAGAUAUCUUAGGGGGGUCGCCCGUCUUUACCGGCCUCACCACUGGUGAGGCCGGCAGCAGUCGACCACAGAACGACUACGCCAUGGGCAGGGCCAUCCACGCUGAGCGGCUCGAUCAGCAGCGAUGCAACAACGGACUUGCUGUAUUUUGCAAUCAGCCGCGCGAGUGUGCGCUCUGCCGAAACGCCACCGUCUCUUUUGCCUGUGAAGUCUGCGAUGACUUUUUCCUGUGCGAAGACUGCCGCUUCGACCUCAAAGCGGUGCGGGCCGUGCACAACCCGGCGCACGCGAUGCUCUCCAUCCAGGACAACCACUGUAGCUCGAGCCGAACCUUUGGCGGCGACUCUAUCUUCUCGCUGUCCGGCGAUGGCGGCGUGAGCUGCCUCUUCUAUCACCCCUGCACCAAGUGUAAGCGUUCCAUCGAUGAUGCUGAACUGGUGUACCGCUGCGAUCAGUGCGACUACAUUCUUUGUCAGGAGUGCUUUAUCCAGCAGCAGGAGCCAGAGGACGCCGUGGAGAGGGCAUCAUCCCUCUCAGCAGCGAUGGCUGCGACGGGGGAGGAGCACGGUAGCUGUAAGCCAUUGCCAUUUGAGUCCGCCGCUCUCGUACUGGUGUCCGGCUCUGCGCUGCCGCACGAGCACGAACUGAAGCGCUUCCAGCGCAAGUCGCGCUCCAACUCGACGCACGAAGGGGCUUUGGUCACCAAGACGCGCAACAGCGGUGGUAACAAGGUCAUCAACGACUAUGUCGUGGUGCGGCAGCUCGGUCAUGGCUCGUACGCCAAGGUGAAGUUGGUUCAGCACAUUCACACGCGGGAACUCUUUGCGCUGAAGAUACUCCGGCGGCAGAAGAAAGCGGCGCAGUCCGGCAUCAACCUCGGCCGCAGCCGGUUCAAGGCCGCCAUGGCAGGCAUGAACGAAGAUGAUCUGCUGAGAGAGAUUGCCGUCAUGAAGUUCAUUGACCACCCCAACGUGACGAAGCUGAAGGAAGUGAUCGCGGACGUGGACUCACAGAAGGUGUACAUAAUCAUGGAGUAUUGCGAGAAGGGCCCUAUUCAUGUCCCUGGUGCCCCGGCGCUGCCUCUCGAGCAGGUGCGCCAGUACGGCGCUGACAUCCUUCGUGGGCUGCUGCACCUGCAUUCCGAGUUUCUCUACCACCGCGACAUCAAGCCGGCGAACUGUCUGGUCGACCGCGACGGUGUCGUCAAGAUCGCUGACUUCGGCACCUGCAACAGCCAGAUCCGCACAAAGCUAGCGGAAGGGACGCCGGCGUUCAGCUGUCCAGAGCAGGUGCGCGGCGAGGAGGUGUCCGGCGAAGUUGUCGACAGUUGGGCCUUUGCGCUCACAGUCUGCGAGAUGGCGUGCGGUACGCUGCCGGUGUCGACCACGUCUUUUGUUCAGCACCGAUCGCUGCUGAUGGGCAAGGGCCCUGUCGCAGUUCCGGAAACCGGCGAUGAGCGCCUACACAACUUGCUCACGCAGAUGCUGGAGAAGGAUUUGAGCAAGCGACUGCUGCUCCCUGCAGCGGCACGGCACCCGUUCUUCGCGGCUAGCGGUGAGAACGCAGUGGUGCAGCAACAACAACACCAAAAUCAGCAGCAGCUCUCAUCGCUCGCAGAGCUGUACGACAAGGCGCUGGACUCAGUACACCGAGGCAAACACCUUAAAGACUGCUUCUACGGCGUGCGUGCGCUUCGCCGCGUGCGUAGGAAGGAGGUGGAGACGGUCCGCCACACCGAUAUCGACGAGCAGACCAGCGGUGGUGGUGGUGGUUCUGGCGCGGUGCAGGGUGAGCCGUACGACGUGAAGAGCGGCGACACAUACGGUGCUAGCGACGGCAGCGGCAGCGACGGAGAGGACGAAGAGUGUGCCGGCCGCCACCUGGUUGGCUGUCGCGCUGGUCACGAAGAGGCGGCGGCUGUGGUGGAAGAAUUUGUAGAGCAUCAGCUCUUCUCGCAGGACCCCAAGUUGGAGCUGACGUACGUUACUCUCACUGCCCCCGCGACGUUGGAAAAGCUGAACAGACUCCAUCAGGUCACUGGCGAACUGCAACUAAGUCACAACGCACUUGUGUGUCUUGCGCCGCUGCGCCUCUCCACCUUUUCGUUGCUCACGGAAAUCAUCGUCACCUUCAACCGGCUUGAGACGUUUCCAAACGAGGUCCUGGUCGCACCACGUCUCGUGCGCCUCGACCUCUCGCACAACCGCAUCGACGCCAUCCCUGGCUCAUUGGUCACAAGGGCGCCGUUCCUGGAGCGGAUGAGUCUGCACCACAACGCCAUAACCAGCGUCGGCACUACUAUCGUCAAUGUAGCAGAGUCGACCCCCGUCAAGCUCAGAACACCAACGCGAGCAACAACGAUGCCCCCUGGGUCGACCAUCGUAGCGGUGCCUGGGUCUGCUGUAGUAUCGUCUCCAGUCUGCUCAACAAGCCUGUGCGGACGCAGAGGCAGCAGCCAUCGCGAGGUGGUGUCUGUCCUCGCGGCGCCGUGUCUGCGGCACGUUCGGUUGAGCGGCAACCCCCUUGAGCGCCUACCCGAGGCUCUUGAGACAACGCAUAGGCUGCAGCUCGUGCUCGACGCCAUUCCCACCCUCAUGGAGGAGUGGGACGCGCACAUGCAGACCGAAAAGAGGGCCGCGACAUCAACUGCGGAGAUAGCAAAGGGGACGAAGAGCCGCCUUCCCGCCGUGAUCGUGUGGGACGACAGCUUCCCCGUGCGCAUUCCCAACGUAGAGCCAGCCGUGUGGCUGGCAGCAAACAACAUGGCCAUCUACCGCGUGCAGACGCUGCGGGUGUGCAAGACGCGUCGCGUGGUGCUGUGCCAGUGCGCUGACCCGCGGUUCCCUAACGGGCUCUUUCGCAGUGAGGAGCUAGAGGUGUAUUUCACGGCCCUCGCCAAGGCUCUGCAGGAGCGCCGAGAGCAGCGACAGCAGCUGGCGACCGAGGCACCUUUCUCGUUUAGCCCACCGGCGGAGCUGAUCCCGAGCGAGGCGCUGCCGCCCAUCGUCGGCAAGGCGGCAUGCCGCUACGUCGAGUCGUACUUCUUCGUCACGGACGACGAAAACGAAGAGGAAGGCGGCUAUCACAGCCUGGUGUCGUACCUGUACGACUCGCUCUCCGCCAACAUCCCGGUGCUGGUCGUUGUCGUCUCGAGCAGCACCUCGAGCGCCGUGCGCACGAACAUUGUCGCGGCCAUAAGCACCUGUCUCACGCGCCUCCGCGGCGGCGACCCGGACCAGCUGGACGCGGAGCAGGCAGAACUCAUCGUCGGUACAAUGCGAAGCCUCUACGCGUGA